CCCGCCCAGGCGGAGGCCGCGGCGCAGCGAAGAGCUGCCAGGCCAGGCCGCUCGCCAGCUCGGCCGCCUGAGGCAAUGCUAACAAAAGGCAAAGAAGGUGACGAUGCUGAAGAAAAAUGAAGGUGGCUUGCCUUUCCUUCCGACAACCCUAUGCUGGCUUUGUUUUAAACAAAGUCAAAACAAUAGAGACCCGCUGGCAACCGUUAUUGGCUGCAUAUGAGGCCUGCACCCUCGCCGUCCACAUCGCUUUUAAAGAUUGGGAUGAUGAAGCCUGGAAAGCAAUCCUCACGAGUAGACUGGGCAUGAUACAGAGUCAAAUUGAAGCAUUAUUAGAUGAUGGUGAGAAGUUUGGUAGAGGUGUUAUUGCUGGGCUCGUUGACAUCAGAGAGACAUACCAGUGUCCCGAACAUUUGCAUCCUGAAGAAGCUUUGAUAUUAGAAAAUAAAGCCAUCCUGUCAGGCCUGCAGCAGAAAUACUUGACUGUUAUUUCAAACCCAAGAUGGCUGCUGGAACCCAUUCCUAUGAAAGGGCGCAAAGGUGUCUGGCAGGUGGACAUCCCAGAGGAACUGAUUCCUUCUGUGGAACAAUUUUGAAAGUGUUGUCUUUAUGGGUCAAGUCAAAUGCAGCUCUAUUCUGAACUGGAAUAACUUACUUUAAUGGCUGGACAUAGAGGGUAUAGUUUAAAAAACUGGGGAGCAAGCACCUGACAUCUGGCUGGGAUCACUGCUGCGUACAAGGAGUAUUCACGCAGUGGUUGGAGUCACUGGGAAUGUGAAGUUUACUGAAAUUUCUCAUGUUGGGUAAUUAUGAACAAACAAAAUGCAUGUUAUGCAAUACACUGUUGUGUGGUUUUUAACCAAGCAAAUUAACAGAUACUCAGUUGACCUCACUUUCUCCCUCAAACCUUCAGUCCAGUAACCUGGCUCCCUUUGGGUAUUGGAUGCAAGAAUAAAGGGCUACACCUACCCAGCAAAAAAACUCUGCUGUAACCCUUGGCACAGUCUGUGUUUUUCUGGAAUGGGAAUGUAGCCAUUGGAAAGCUGACCGUUAAAUUCUAUGCAGCUGCUAGGAAUUCUGAGCCAGGAAAAAAGAUGACAACUAUCCACAACAUCACAUUAGAAUUCCUAGCAGAAACAGGAAGUUUACCCAAAGCCAUACAUAGCAAAGGGCUAAGUACCCUAAUCUCCAGUGAUGGACACCCUUUCAGAUAGUAAGCAAGCUCAGGAGGCCCUCCAGAGAACUUUGCCUCUGGGCUUGAAUGGCUCCAGCCACCUGUCUGUUUGGUCCUUAAAAGAUUCAUUCAAUAAGAACUCUCCAUCCCUCUUGCCAAACUCUUUUGUGUACUUUCCUCCGAAGCAUUCACCUUCUGUCCCACUCCUUUACUCUUAGUGUCCCUCUGAAGUGCUCGCUUCCCAUCCAAUCCUCCCCUCCCAUAUCCAUGGGGGCAAUGCCACACUCAAGCUAUUUCUCUAGUGCUCAUUAAAAUGGGUAGGCAGAAAACACCUCCCCAAAAGUACUGGGCUUCGACACCCAAUAUUUCUGCUAUUGGCCAUGAUGACAGAAGCUUCUGGGAGCGGAUGUUCAAAACAUCUGCAGAUCUAGGUCCUGCCCACCCCUACAGUACCAAAGUAAGAUGCCUUUUGGAUAAAGGCUGCUCUCAUUUUGAUUAUUUGGGCCACUGCAUUGUCUUUAACAUGCAUAUAAAAUAGGGUUAAGCUUCAUAUGAGUAUUGCCAUUCAUAAACAUUCUCCCAAUGCAACUGUUACCGUGUAGAAUAAGUUACAGCCUUCUGUGGCUCCCAAACAGGUGAAUUGCAUGAAUGACUCUUGGCAAAUAAAGAAUUUCAGUUGUAA